AUGUCGUCUCCUUCCGCCCAGCAGGGCUCCCUCUACCCCAUUCACCUUCUGAUGGAUGAGCUCAAGUCUGACGAUGUUGUUCUCCGUCUCAGCUCGAUCCGUCGCCUGAGCACCAUUGCUCUUGCGCUCGGCCCGGCACGGACGCGCGAUGAGCUCCUUCCUUUCCUCCAAGACCAGCUCGAUGACGAGGAUGAGGUGCUGCUCGUGCUCGCGGAGGAGCUCGGAUCGUUUGUCGAGUACGUUGGUGGCAAGCAGUACGCUUGGACGAUUCUCGGCCCUCUCGAGAACCUUGCGGCCGUCGAGGAGACGCUCGUUCGCGACAAGGCCGCCGAGUCCAUCUCGUCCAUCGCCUCCGUUCUCUCGCCUCAGCACAUCGACGAGUACUUCAUCCCUCUGCUCAGCCGCCUGAGCAACGGUGACUGGUUCACCUCGCGCACGUCGGCUUGUGCCCUCUUCGCUGCCGCUUACCCGACGGCUUCCGCCGAGGCUCAGGAGGAGAUGCGCCGCCUGUUUGCGUCGCUUGUUGCCGAUGACACCCCGAUGGUCCGCCGUGCUGCUGCUCGUGCUCUCGGUCCCUUUGCCAAGGCCAUCGCUUCCGUCAACGGCCAGCACUCGAUCCUCAUCAACGACAUCAUCCCUCUUUACCGUCGUCUCGCCGGCGACGACCAGGACUCGGUCCGUCUCCUCACGAUCCCCGACCUUAUCGCCCUUGCCUCGAACCUCUCGAACGAGGAGACCAAGGACUACCUCCUCGAGCCGCUCCGUGCUAGCGUCGCCGACAAGUCGUGGCGUGUGCGCUACAUGGUCGCCAACGAGUUUGUCGGUCUCGCUGAGAGCGUCGGACCCGAGAUUGUCCGCGAUGAGCUCAUCAACGCCUUUGUCGGUCUCCUGAAGGAUAACGAAGCCGAGGUCCGCACCGCCGCCGCUGGCCAGAUCCCCGGCUUCUCCAAGCUCAUUGACCGCGAGGCCAUCCUCAACCGCAUCCUCCCCUGUGUUCGCGACCUCUCCAGCGACACGAGCCAGCACGUUCGCGCUGCUCUUGCCAUGCAGAUCUCGGGUCUCGCCCCUCUGCUUGGCAAGGAUGCCACCAUCGAGCACCUCCUUCCCCUGUUCCUCCACCUCCUCAAGGACGAGUUCUCAGACGUUCGUCUUAACCUCAUCUCCAAGCUCGAGAUGGUCAACAACGUCAUCGGCAUCGACCGCCUGUCGCAGGCUCUCCUGCCCGCCAUCAUGGAGCUCGCCGAGGACAAGCAGUGGCGCGUUCGCCAGGCUAUCAUCGAGUACAUUCCUCUGCUCGCUACUCAGCUCGGCGUUCAGUUCUUCGACGACAAGCUCGGCAACCUCUGCAUGUCGUGGCUCGGCGACACUGUCUUCUCGAUCCGUGAAGCGGCCACUAUCAACCUUAAGAAGCUGACCGAUGUCUUUGGCGUCGACUGGGCCCGCACCACCAUUAUUCCCAAGGUCCUGCAGAUGGGCGAGCACCCCAACUACCUCUACCGCAUGACGACCAUCUUUGCCAUCACCCUCGUCUCGGACCCGAUCCCCAACAUCCGGUUCAACGUCGCCAAGUGCCUCGAGACGCUCGCUGCCGUCCUUGCCAACGACCCGGAAGGUCAGGAUCUGAUCCAGCGCCGCAUCCUGCCCACCUUACGGCAGCUGCAGGAGGACUCUGACGCCGACGUCAGGUAUUUCGCCACCAAGGCGUACGAGCGGACCACGGGUGCCGACUCUGGCGAGGCCAUGGUCGUGUCCUAA